UAACCUAAUGACUAUUGGGUGGUAACCUGUCCGGUGUAUAGCAACUUCCUUUUCCGGUUAAUAACAUUACAAUUAAGAUGGCCGAAGACCCGAACAAGAAGAAGCGUACUUUUAGGAAAUACACAUUUCGAGGUGUAGACCUCGAUCAACUCCUGGACAUGAAAAGCGAGCAGCUGACAGAGCUGUUCUCUUGCCGAGUGCGCCGCAAGUUCCAGCGAGGUCUUAAGAGGAAGCCACUGGCACUGAUCAAGAGACUCAGGAAGGCAAAGAAAGAUGCACCUCCACUUGAAAAACCAGAAGUAAUCAAGACCCAUUUAAGAAACAUGGUGAUCAUUCCUGAAAUGAUUGGCAGCAUGGUCGGUGUUUACAACGGCAAGUCCUUUAACCAGGUUGAAAUCAAGCCCGAGAUGAUUGGCCACUACCUUGGAGAGUUCAGCAUCACCUACAAACCUGUGAAGCACGGUCGUCCUGGUAUUGGUGCCACCCACUCGUCCAGAUUCAUCCCUCUCAAGUAGACGGAUUGUAGUGUCUUGUACGAGUGUGUAAAUAAAGAGAAAAAACACA